AUGAUUCGCAGUAUCCGUCCAUUGGCCAAUGCUAGCCGUAUGUCGACCAGAGGGUUGGCCUCCAGCUCCUCCGACUUGGUCUCCAUCACCUUACCAGAAAGCUCGUUCGAGGGCUACAACUUGGAGAUCCCGGAAUUGACCUUCGAAACCGAAAAGGAAACCUUGUUGAAGAUGUACAAGGACAUGAUCAUCAUCAGAAGAAUGGAAAUGGCCUCCGACGCCUUGUACAAGGCCAAGAAGAUCCGUGGUUUCUGUCACUUGUCCGUUGGUCAAGAAGCCAUUGCUGUGGGUAUCGAAAACGCCAUCACUCCAGAAGACACCGUCAUCACCUCCUACAGAUGUCACGGUUUCGCGUUCAUGAGAGGUGCUUCUGUCAAGGAAGUUUUGGGUGAAUUGAUGGGUAAGAGAUCCGGUGUUUCCUACGGUAAGGGUGGUUCCAUGCACAUGUUUGCUCCUGGCUUCUACGGUGGUAACGGUAUUGUCGGUGCCCAGGUCCCAUUGGGUGCUGGUUUAGCCUUCUCCCACAAGUACAAGGGCCAAAAGGCCGCUUGUUUCACCUUGUACGGUGACGGUGCCUCCAACCAAGGUCAAGUCUUCGAAGCCUACAACAUGGCCAAGUUGUGGAACUUGCCAGCUAUCUUUGCUUGUGAAAACAACAAGUACGGUAUGGGUACUUCUGCUGCCAGAUCCUCCGCUCUUACUGAAUACUACAAGAGAGGUCAAUACAUUCCAGGUUUGAAGGUCAACGGUAUGGACAUUUUGGCUACCUACCAAGCCUCCAAGUUCGCCAAGGACUGGUGUGCCCAAGGUAACGGUCCAUUGGUUUUGGAAUACGAAACUUACAGAUACGGUGGUCACUCCAUGUCCGACCCAGGUACCACUUACAGAACCAGAGAAGAAGUCCAACACAUGAGAUCCAGAAACGAUCCAAUUGCCGGUUUGAAGGUUCUCUUGUUGGAGAAGAACAUCGCUACCGAAGAAGAAAUCAAGUCUUACGACAAGGAAGCCAGAAAGUACGUUGACGAACAAGUCGCUGCUGCCGAAGCUGACUCUCCACCAGAAGCUAAGAUGGAUAUCUUGUUCGAAGAUGUCUACGUUCCAGGCUCCGAAAUCCCAGUCUUGAGAGGAAGAAUCUCUGAUGACUCUUGGGAUUUCAAGAACAAGACUUUCUUGAACAAGGUCUACUAA